AUGGGCGACGAAGGCGAAGGCCGCCCUCCCUACUCUUCCUAUGCCGUCAGCAUCUACCAACAGGGCAUCAUGACGGGGCAAUUGCCCGUCGUGACGACAGAUCCCAACAAGUUGGAGGAACAGGCCAGGAAGGCCAUGGGCAAGGAGUGCUUCGGCUACGUCUUUGGUGGUGCCGGCGAGCUCUCUACCAUGGACGCCAAUCGCCUCGCUUUUAGGCAGUGGAAGAUAGUUCCUCGUUUCUUGAAGCCAACAAAUCCACGAAACCUGAAGACUGAGCUCUUUGGUGUGACAUACGAAUCACCGGUCCUUAUGGCUCCCAUCGGUGUCCAGGGUAUCUUCCAUGAAGACAAGGAGACCGGACUCGCCUCCGCCUGCGCAGAGCUUGGCGUGCCCUACACCCUCAGCACAGCUGCGACCUCUACAAUUGAAGAGGUGGCAUCCGUUAUGGGCGACAGUCACCGUUGGUUCCAACUCUACUGGCCUAUGGACGACGACAUCACUGGCUCUCUGCUGCGAAGAGCAAAGGCCGCAGGAUACAAGGUUCUUGUGGUGACUCUUGACACCGUGACGCUGAGUUGGAGGCCUGCCGAUCUGGAUUCCGCCUACCUUCCGUUCAUAACCGGCACGGGCAACGCGGUCGGCUUCAGCGAUCCUGUCUUCCGAAAGAAAUUUGCGGCGGAGAACGACGGUGAGGCGGUCGAGGACAACGUGAUCAGCGCAUCCCGGUACUGGAUCAGCCAAGCUUUCCCGGGUGACCAUCACACUUGGAAAGACUUGGCCCUUCUCAAGAAGAAUUGGGAUGGGCCCGUUGUUCUGAAGGGCGUGCUAAGCGUAGAGGACGCCAAGUUGGCUGUUGAACAUGGCAUGGACGGCAUCAUCGUCAGCAACCAUGGCGGAAGACAACUCGAUGGUGGCGUCGCAUCGCUGGAGAUGCUCCCUGAGAUUGUGGGUGCCGUAGGCGACAAGCUUACCGUCAUGUUCGACUCGGGCAUCCGCACUGGAGCGGAUAUCGCGAAGGCGCUCGCAUUGGGAGCUAAAGCUGUCUUCAUUGGUCGGCCAGCCAUCUACGGCCUGGGCAUCGCCGGCAAGGAGGGGGCGAAAGCCGUUAUUGCUGGCUUGCUGGCUGACCUGGAUCUGACUAUGGGAUUGUCUGGCUUCAAGAGCGUGUCGGAGUUGAAGCCAUCCAUCUUGCGCCAGGUUCGUUAUGGCGGGGACGUGAAGGCUAACCUUUGA